ACUGUUUCUUUAACAUGCGCAGUAGACAGUUUCGCACCUGCGCCAUUGUCAAUUUUAUCCAGAAGCCGACACAGUUGUUAUGUUCGCGGUGUUAUUUUACUAAAUUUGUUCUAUAACAGUACCUUAUUAAACUGUAAAUUUAUUAUUCCAUUAAUAUAGUAGUGAGAAAAAUUCGCGUACGAACGAUAAACAGUUUCGUGAGUUCCAAAUAACGAUCAGUAAUAGUAUCGAUGUUAAUCAGCUAAGAUUUUUCCCUCCAAAUAUUAUAUUCCGCAAAAGAAAGAUGCCUCUACUUAAGAAAAAACCGUUCGAAAAGAAAUCACCACCGGAAUCACUCAAAAAUACCGAUGAAGUAUUUCAUUGCGAGCUCACCAACGAGAUUUUUCUCGAUUAUGAAGAAUUUGCAGAACGUACAAUCCUUUGUAAUUCAAUGGUAUGGACAUGUUGUAAAACAGGAAAAUCAAAUUUAACUUACCAAGAAGCGUUAAAAUCUGAAGAAGAUGCCAGAAACAGUUUAAAACACUUUCCCAAUGAAAUGCGGGUACCAGUUUUAUUUUUAGCAAAUAAAACGAAUCGAACAAAUUUCUCAGAUAUGUCCGACGACGUGUUUUCGUAUAUAAAAGAACGUUAUUUCGUUGGAGAAACUGUCGAAGCUUCAUUCUCAGGUGCAAAAUGGGGAGAAUAUCAUAUUUUAGAAGUAAUCUUUCCUACAGACGACGAACUAAAAAAGCUUCCCAAAGUAAAUGGAAGUCAAAAUGGCCGAUUUCAACCUCCUCCACACGUUUAUAAAUAUGAUUUGGAACAAGUGGAUGGUGAGGAUGAUGAUGUAAUUGAGAAAAUGAUAGCUGAUUUUACGCAAAUGCGAAGAAAGAAAGGUUCAUUUACCAGGGACAAAUGUAAAUUAUUUUUGAAACAAUAUGUUGAGGUGACCAAGUCGGGGAAUUGGAUUGUAAAGAAUUCGGCUGUUGAACAAUUUGGACUGGAUAGGAUUUCUUUUGAUAAAAUUUUUGCGGGUCCUCUGCCUCAAUUUGAAAAUUCUAAGAAAAUUGUGAAGGUGGCGCCGAAUGGUAAAAAAUCAAAACAAGAAACGUUAGCUAAAUUUUUAAAAGACGCGGAAGGGAAAGAACUUAAAUUAAAUGCUUUCGAUGAAGCGAAAAAGAAACAAGAAGAAUUGGAACAAAAAAAGCAAAGGCUUGCUGAAGAAAAACAGAAAAAAAAGGAGGAACAUUUAAAAGUAGCAAAGUUAUUACAGAAAUGGCAUAGACCUAAGGAGGAUUUAGAAUUAGAAGAUCAAAGAAAACUUCCUGAAUUCACACCUGUACAAUCAAAAGUUCCAAACAAAUAUAUGGGGGAUAUGUUUAUGAUUUUAGAAUUUGUUAACUCGUUUUCAAAGAUUUUACACACCAAAGGCUUUUUUCCAGAUGGGUUUACAUUUGACGUUAUAGAACGUGCUUUAAUAGAAAAAGAAGUGGCCGGGCCACUUAUUGAUCUUGUACAAAUGUUAUUAAACGCUAUCUUUGCACAACAAGAAGAGGAAACUACUCACGUUAAAAUUGCCUUAGAAGAAAUAAAAUCUACAAAAACAAUACCAGAAACACCAACAGUUUUUGACUGUACAAAAUUUGCAACAAUAGCUGGUAAAUUUUCAAGAGAACAUCAAGGAUGUCGUUUAGAAAAACUUCCAAUGUAUUCAUUAACAGUAACUGAAAUCCUUCGGCUCCAUUUGCUUUCAUCUGGAGCAAGAAUAAAUGAAAGUGGGGCGAGAUGGCGUUAUCAAUAUCGAGGUGGUUACACAAUUGAAGAUGACCCUGGUCUUUAUAUGCGAAUGCAUGAACCUCACAUAAUUCGAGCACUUGAAUAUCGUAAUGUGGUUGAACUUAGUGUAAAAAAUAAAAUAAAAAUAGUUUCCUGUUUAAUUAAUCAACUCUUAACGUACUCUGAUAUACGAGAUAUCAUCGAUGAAAGAUUGGAUAAUUCGCGACAACAAAAAGUUGAUUUAAAAAGUAUGCAUAUUGCUGAAAAAAAGCGAUUGGCCGACGUUAACAAUGCUAAAAGUCGUGCGCGAAAUGGUCAAAACAUGACUGAAGAAGUUAAACAAAAAAUUAAAAAAAUUGAACAAGAUAGUGAGAAACAUAUUGCUGAAUAUGAGAAGAAAAUUGGAAAAAUUAAAUCUACACAGGACCAUGUAACACUUUUAGGAUAUGAUAGAGGAUUUAGACGUUAUUUAAAAUUAGAUUCAAUUAGUGGAAUAUUUAUUGAUACAGCAGAAUCAAAUCCUGGAAAGUGCCUAACAGAACCAAUUCAUCAAGUUCCAGAAUUAAUAAAAGCAACCGACCAAGUGAUUCUUUCCUAUUUAAAUCAAAUUUCUGAAGAAGUCAAUACAAGUGAUAAAGAAAAUAAUCCAAAGAAACCACAACAUAAAACCAAUGGUGGCAUAAACGGAGUUACGCAUCAAGAUGAAACAAAAAUUUCCAACGAUCUUUUCGUUUGUGCUGGCGAUGAGAAUGUUUCAUGUCCAGUUCAUACCCCACAGCGAAUGGAAGAACCAAUUAAAUUCGUUCCGUCCACGGAUGCUUUGCUUGAACUAGAACAAACGUUAAAUAUUCGUGGAAAUCGUGAAAACGAAUUACGAAAAUCUUUAGAAUAUUAUCAAUUAACGUCAAAGGUUGCAGCGACGCCCAUAUAUUCAUUAACAGGGGGAGUGCAAGGCAGAGAACUUAGAGUACGGAAACAAGAAAAUUCAAAUUUCGGACAUCCUUCAGACGCAGAUCCAAUUGUUGUUAUGCAAGAAACAUUAAUUGAAAAUAUUUUGGACAUGGAAGAAAAACUGUACGCCGGAAACUUAGGCAAUGUAAAAGUCCAAGAUAGAAAUCACUGGAGAACAUGUCUAUCAAAUAAAAAUUUCGACGAUUUUGAUAGAACUAUAAUGAGACAAAAUGAAAAUGAGAAAACAAACGGAGUGAAGGAAGAACAAGAAAGAACCAGUAGUAGAGAGAGUUCACCUGAACAUGUAAUUAUUCGGGAUUCAUAUCACGACCCUGGUUGGACUUUAUCAAAAGUAUCAACAAAAUUAGAUGAUGAUUUGGAAGACGACGUAGACGUUGCAAUGCGGGGAAAAGAGAAGCAAGCCGUUGAAUGUUUAGCUAUUGCAUUAUUACAAGUGGGUUUGUCUGUAGAUUCUAGAUACUUAAAAAAACCGUUAGGUACAAUUGAAACUAAAAAAUCAGCAACACCAGUAUCAAAACCAGUUUUAGAAAACUGGGAAAAAUCUUUACUUGCCUCAACUAGUUAUAGUCAAAUUUUUUUACAUUAUGGUACAUUAGACAGUUGUAUAUCGUGGUCCAAAUCUUCCUUAUUAGCAUGGUGUCGAAUGUGUAAAAAACGAACCGAUUCUGAAAAUAUGCUUUUGUGUGACGAUUGCAAUGGCGGUUAUCACCUUUAUUGCCUUAAACCGAAAUUGUAUAGUAUUCCACAAGGGGAGUGGUAUUGUUGGAAAUGUCAAAAAGAACGACAAAAAUAUGAACCUGUCGACUCUGAACCAAAGAUUAAAAAAAGAAAAGUAUUCAGGGAUGAGGAUGUUGAAGAUGAAGAGGCAGGAGAAGAAGAAAAUGAUGUUGAAAAUGUUAAAGAACAUGAGAAUAAUCGUGAAGAUAAUGGUAAAGAGCAUGAUAGUGGAAGUGAUGAAGAAAGGGUUAGUAAUCAUGAAGGUUUAUGUACAACAUGUGGAUCUGGAGGGGAAUUAUUAUCAUGUGAAAAAUGUCCAAAGACUUAUCAUAUAGAAUGUGUUGAGCCACCAUUAAGACAUAUGCCUCGAGGACCAUGGACAUGUCAUCAUUGUAAAUCAAGGAAGAAAAGGAAUGUAUAUAGAGACCGAAAUAUAGUUAUGUCACUGAGGCCGAUACAACGGUCGGGUUCUCGAGCAAAUCAACGUCGCUGCGCGACGAGGGCCCGCCUCAAAAUCCACGGGUUUAUCAAAUCGUUAUGUAGGAUAACGAGCGAUGAUUCAGAGAGUGAUGAUGAAGAGGUGUCUUUAACGAUGCGAUUGACGACCAGAAAAGAGGCUGAAGAUUUACCUUUACAUAAUGUUGCGUUACAAGAUCUAUUAGCAGAAAUAAUAAAACAUAAAGAUGCUUGGGCGUUUGUGAGACCUGUACAAAAGAAUGAGGUACCUGAUUAUUAUGAUAUAAUAUCAAAUCCAAUGGAUUUUGGGACAAUAAAGUAUAAGCUAAACAUGGGAAAUUAUACCUGUGAUGAAGAAUUUAUGAAUGAUUCAGUAUUGGUUUUUGAAAAUUGUAAUACUUAUAACAAUACCGAUGCUGAAGUAUACAAAUGUGGGGUACGCCUUUUAAAAGUUUUCCGUAAAAAAUCUAAAGACUUAGGACUCAAACUUCCAGAACAAAUGCAAGAUGAUGACGACGACGAGGAUGAAUUGCAACAAAAAUCCAAAAAAAGACGCAUAAAAUAGUAUUAUUAUCAGUCGUACGCGGAUCGCACAUUCUUUUUGCACAUCAUGUACAUGGGAAUCGUUUUUGUAAUCAUUUUCUUUUUAUCACUAUCUCCGCUCUGUACAUACAUUUUAUUUAUUGCGUAUUGUUAGUAAAUUUCUCGUAUUCUUUCAUAUACGUACAUUAAUUUUAUUUAUAUGUUGAAUACCGAAUGGUAGUGCGUUUAUAUUUUUUCAUACAAAUAUAGUUUACACAAAUUGAA